AUGACACUCUUCGGCCGUCGAAAGAAGUUCGUCGUCAAUGAACCGGACCUUUCGCAGGACGUCGUCUACAUGGGCAACGUGCUGACGACACUGGCCAAGGGUGACGAAUGCCUCGAGAAGCCACUCAGCAUGAUCUGCCACGCGUACAACAGUCGAGCGUCGUUGGAUAUGCGCAUGAAGCUGACGGUGACCAGGUCCGGUCUGAAGGCGGCCACCAGGGAAGCAGGCAUCACCGAAUAUUGGUCGCAUCGCAUUACGUACUGUGCAGCUCCCAAGAACUUUCCAAAGGUCUUCUGCUGGAUCUACAAGCACGAGGGGAAAAAGAUGAAGCCGGAGCUGCGAUGUCAUGCCGUGUUGUUCAGUAAGUCGGGCUCGGCGCGUGUGUUCGCGCAACUUUUAAGGGAGAACUUGCUGAUCGCCCUCAAGGAGUACAAGCGUGAUCGGAUCCAUCGCCAGAACUCACGCAUCAGCAGCGCACACACCGGCCACCCGAGCACUCCCCUGCGCAAGCAGAUGCUCAGCAUUGGCGGUCAACACUUCAGACCGCCCGUCAAUCGUAGUAAGUCGGCGCCUCGACUGCAGUGCAUCAACGAGGCGACCGAGGAGGAACUGAAGAAUGAGGAGAUACUGUCGAAACUUGUGUUCAACAGCAUGAUUCAUGAUUCCGAAUUGCGUUCUAGCGAUCAGUCGGCACAGGACACCGUGCCUACUAGAUCUUAUAGUACCGGGGACUAUGCUAGCAGCGAAGAAAAGGUGACGCCUGAAGAGCUGUUGAAAUCACUGAACAUUCGUUCGCACUCACUUUGUAGCGAAAACGAUUCGUACAGCGAUGAGUCAGGUUAUAUCGAAGAAAAGAUCUCAGACGACAGCGAAGACGAGGAACAGGGCGAGUCUGAGCUGCAACAGAACUACCCCGGCCAAGUUUAUUCUAUAUCGCUGUGA